AUGAAGUCCUUCAUCGGAGUUUUACUCGCUUGCCUUUCAUUUCUCCUGGUGGAUAUUUCUGACUGCUUCAAUGUUAUUUAUCCAUCACAGUUUUUAGCUCAAAGUUACGCACAAAGAAGAAAUCAUGCAAGUCCAUCCAAGGCCAGGCUCCCACUGAAGACGCUUAAUCCAGCAGCUACGGAUUCUCACUGUAGGAGCCGCCCGCUGGACCUCGUCUUUAUCAUAGACAGCUCUCGCAGUGUGCGUCCAGGUGAGUUUGAGAAGGUUAAGGUCUUCCUUUCGGACAUGGUGGACACUCUGGACAUCGGUGCCGAUGCCACUCGGGUGGCUGUGGUGAACUAUGCCAGCACUGUAAAAAUCGAGUUCCUGCUCAAAGACCAUCUGAAAAAGGAAAGCAUGAAGCAAGCGCUCAGCAUCAUCGAACCCUUGGCUGCGGGGACCAUGACCGGUCUGGCCAUCAAGAAAGCCAUGGAGGAGGCCUUCACCGAGCAAUCAGGGGCACGGCCAAAAUCGCAGAAGAUAGCAAAGGUGGCUAUUAUUGUAACAGACGGCCGCCCACAGGAUCAGGUGGAAGAGGUGUCUGCUGCAGCCCGAGCCUCGGGAAUUGAGAUCUACGCCGUCGGAGUGGAUCGAGCCGACAUGCGCUCGCUCAAGCUCAUGGCCAGCAAUCCACUGGAAGACCACGUGUUCUACGUGGAGACCUAUGGCGUCAUCGAGAAGCUCACCUCCAAGUUCAGGGAGACUCUGUGUGGUGUAUCCCCAUGCAAAAUGGGACACAGCUGUCAACACAUCUGUGUUGGAAAAGGCAUGUCCUAUUACUGCAAGUGUCGUCCUGGUUAUGUCUUAAACGAAGACAAGAGAACAUGCUCUGUCAGCAGGGAUGAUGGAGGUGAUGGUCACACCGAUGGUGCAGGCAAUGGACAUAAUGAUGGCGACAGCGAAGGUGAAAGUAGCACCAGUGUCAAUGCUUGUGCACUAGGUCAUGACUGUCAGCACACUUGUGUGAGCAGUGGCUCCUCCUAUUACUGCACCUGCCCCUCUGGCUUUGUCUUGACGCAGGACAAGAAAUCUUGUUUCAAGGCCAGUGUUGGUGAUGAUGAUGAUGGUAGUACCAGUCUGGACCAGUGUGGAAUGGGACAUGACUGUGAGCACAUUUGUGUCAGCAGUGAUGUCUCCCAUCACUGUGAAUGCCGAGGAGGUUUUAUCUUGAAUGAAGACAAGAAAACUUGUUCACGUCUGGACCAGUGUGGAAUGGGACAUGACUGUGAGCACAUUUGUGUCAACAGUGAUGGCUCCUUUCAGUGUGAAUGCGGGAGGGGCUUUGUCUUGAAUGAAGACAAGAAAACUUGCUCACAGAUGAAGGUGGAAGUCGUUCAGGAUCCGUGUCACUGUGAGGCCAGACUGGCUUUCCAAAGACAGACACAAAACUCCAUCCAGGCCCUCAAUGGCAAACUAGCAGACAUCACCAGAAAAGUAGAGCAAAUGGAAGGGAUGCUGUCUCACAAGUGAUCUCGUUCCUUAGAAAUGCCACAUUAUGGACCACACCAGAACCUCCAGCACAACAACCUCCUGUGCUUCAAUACCUCAAGACACCUGGAACAUAAUGAGCUAAUGUUCCGAAUGUGUUUAAUUUACUGUUGACUUGUGUGUCACUGGUUCAUAACCAAUAAUACUAUCAAAAAAUAACAAGCUGAUCUAAUUACGUGCAGAUUAGUGCAAAAGUUUGUGCACCUUUCAUGGUUCCUAGGCAAUAAAAUGAUCGGAAAUGCAAUCACGUUGAAUUUUUUUAGCCUUAAACAACUAA